GCAGGAAGUACAAGAAAAGCUACAGUAAAACAUAAACACAUUGAGGCGAAUUUAUUCCCCCCCUAAAAAAAUCACAUUUGAGUCAAAAUUGGGAGUAUAAAUACAAUGUCAGCGACUAACGACUCACGCUGCGUAUUUUUUAACACACAUUCAGAGGACUAUCGAUGCGUGGUGAUUUUAACAGUAAAACGAGCCGCAGGCACAUUCUCCUUAGUUGGAUGUCUUUUCAUGCUGUUUGUCAUCUGGCUGCUCCGCAGAUAUCAGUCGUUGGCUCAGAAGAUGAUCCUCAGCUUGACUGUCGCUGCUUUUUUCGACAGUGUAGCGUAUGUCAUGGGGGAGUCACAUCCAGAGGGAUCCCUCUGUGACUUUCAGGCCUGGUGGCUAACUUACUUCGACUGGAGUGCCUUGGCCUGGGUUUGCCUCAUCACUUUGAAUCUGUAUUUCAACCUGGUCCGAGAAAUGAGCACCAACAGAUAUGAGAUGUUGUACCAUCUGAUGGCGUGGGGGGUGCCUCUGGUCAUGGCCUCUUUACCACUGCUGAAGGGUUACUAUGGCCCCGCGGGAGCGUGGUGCUGGAUCACAGACGAUCACGUAGCCUGGAGAUUUGGGAUAUGGUACGUGCCUCUGUUCACCCUCAUCUUCCUGAUGAUCUGCUGCUACGCUAGGAUCAUCUGUGUGGCCAAUGCGAGGUUGCAGUCAUGGUUGGGAACCUUCAACCCAGAGAGGGAGAGACGAAAGGUUUCCUUGGCUGAGGAGAUCAAGCCGUUGAAGUGGUAUCCCUCUGUUUACCUGCUGGUGUCUAUCUUUCCCCUCAUCAACAGGCUCCAUAACGCCUUCUACCCACAGGGUCCAUCGUUCCCCCUCACCUUGUUACACGUCCUGUCAGCACCACUUCAUGGCUUGGCCAAUGCCUUUGUCUUUGGCCUGGAUAGGGAUUGGUGGAGCCUACUGAGUCCGACUGGCAUGCAGCUGGCUCUGCAAUCGCGGCUGUGUGACAGGACUCGCAUCGGAGAGUACCACCCCGGGGCAGUGCGCUACACACAAGCUGACCUGGUUGACCUCAGCGAUGACGACGACGAUGACGACACCAACGUGCUCUUCUACUCUCCUGACAUGACCCUGAAAGGCCGAGGGCCCUGAGAAGAGAGAGAGGAACAGAGAGAGGGAGACAAACGAGCUGGAGGGAAGGAAAAUGAAGGAGGGUCAGAGCCAGAGAAAAACACAGCAGAUUAGAAACUGAGAGGAAGAAAAAAAGAGGUAGGGAGGGAAUGGAAGGGAAGAUUGGGGGGACAGUCAGGCAGAUAGAAGCCGGAGAUGAGCUGUCAGGUUUCAUUAUUAAUCCCCAUCCUUUACUAUUUAAUAUCCUAAAGACACACACAGAGGCUGCGCUCAGCAGCAGCUCUGUGCAAUACCAUCAUCCAAGAGGAGCGAGAAAGGAGUGGCUCUAAUGGUAAAGGCAUCGCCUGCAUCUCAAAGGUCUUGAGAUGAUUUUCCUCUCUGCAUCACCUUCUCGAUUCCUGCGUCCUGCAGUAUUUUUGCACCCCCCCCCCCCCCCCCCCCCCAAAAAAAAUAUAAAUAAAAAAGGAAAAAUGCUUAAAGAACAACUGACUGAAAGGUAAUCAUAACAAGGUGUUAGCAUUUGCAGCAAAUCACCUUUUUGCUUCUCUGCAGGAGAUGAGGUGAAAAGCAGCUUCUUUUUUUCUUCUUU